AUGUGGCCCCAUACUGAAUAUUUGAAGCCCUUACUACCUCUUGUCAGGAGAAUUCAAGGAAGGCCAAAAACAAAGAGAAUAAGACAUGCCUCUAAAACUCAGGAUUGUAAGUACCUAACUCAGAAGGCAAAGAUUAGAAGAACUAUUAGGUGUGGGAAAUGCAGGGAACUUAGUCAUAAUAAGUUGUCUUGUACGAAUGGAGAAGGGCCCAAUAAACCCGUCCCCACAAGGAAAAGUGGAAGACCAAGGGGGGAUGGGGGAGGGAAAUUAUCUACGAAAACUGCAAAGAAACCAAGGAAAAUAGGUGAGGGAACAUCAAAAGAAGCAAGUGAGGGAAAGAUGAAAAAUGUUGAGGGCGCAUCAAAAGAAGCAUGUAAGAUGAAAGAUGUUUAUUAUUCAAAUUUUCAUCAAAAGAGAAUUAAGAUGAUGGCAAUGAGGGGAGGUAAGAUCAAAUAUGUAGGGAGAAGAUUGGAGGAUAGUGCCAAGCAGACAAUAAGGGAUGUGUUGGGUAGUUCAAUUCAAUUUGUGGAAGGUCUUGAGGAAGUUUCAAUUACCUGCCAUGAAAAAGCUUGA